UUUCGAAAUAAAUUAAUCAGAAGUAUCUUUCAAAGAUUUAUCUAACUGUAAAUAUUUUUUUUACCAACAUUCGUAAACACUUCAUAUGGGAGCAAAUCUUUACAUAAUAUAUUUUUUCUUUAGUAUUGACAUAAUUUACGCAUUUAGACAAGUUUCCUUAUCACAACGACAUUAAAAUGGAUCCGAUUAACGCUGAAGAAGAUAUUCUUAUAGUUAACUUAAAAAAUGGAAUUAAAAAAGUUAUAUUUAAUAGACCUAAGAAAAGGAAUGCUAUAUCAAUAAAGAUGUACAUGGAAAUAACAAAUAUUUUAAAUGAUUCUUCAAAAGACGAUAGCAUAUACAUGGUUGUUUUUACUGGAACGGGACAUUUCUUUACUAGUGGAAAUGAUCUUAAUAUAUUAAGUCCAAGCUCAUCAAAUGAAACUUUUUUUACAAUUUUUAAAAAUUUUAUCGAUGCUCUAAUUACUUUUCCUAAACUGUUGAUAGCUGUCGUAAAUGGUCCAGCAAUUGGUGUCGGAACCACUUUGCUUGGGCUUUGUGAUAUUGUAUAUGCUUCAGAGAAGGCAUAUUUCUACACACCUUUUACUAAAUUAGGUUUCAUAUCUGAAGGUUGUUCUUCGUAUAUAUUUCCAAAAAUAAUGGGACCAAGUAAGGCUAGUGAAAUGUUAUAUUUUGGUUAUAAAAUGGAUGCUAAAGAAGCAAAAGAAUAUCGUUUAGUUGGAAAUAUAUAUAAAAAUGAAGAAGAAGUAUGGAAAUAUCUAAAUAAACUAAGUCAACUGUCUACAAAGUCUAUAAUAGGUAUCAAACGUUUAGUGCAAAAAUGCAAUAAACAAACUUUAUUGGAAAUAAAUAAAGCAGAAGUGGAAGAACUUAUAGAAAUAGUUGAAUCGGGUGAAACUGUUAAUAGAAUAUUAAAUUUUAUGUCAAGUAAAAAUAAAUUAUAACUCCUAUUUUCAUUAACUUUCAAACUUUUAAAUAAUUGUGAUACUAUUAUAAUACUCUUUUUAUAUUUUAUUACAAAACAAUUUGUUUCUCAAGUUGUCGAAUCAUAUUUUUCGGUUAUAGAGUUUUUAAAUAUAAAUGAAAUAUGUUUAGAUACUUGUUUUAACAUGAGCUCCUAAAAAUAGAAAUCUAUAUGAAAAUAUGUAUCUUCCUUUUAUAAUAUUUAAUAUGUUAUCACAGUAAUAACUAUAAUAUAUCAAGGUAUAAAAGGGUUUACAUAAAUGUAGAAUGUUUUAAAAUAAUAACAUCCUUACUAAAA